UUCGCAUCUCUCCUCUUCCUGUCUCUCUUUCUCUCUCUGUCUUUUUCUUUCCUUUUUUUUUUGGGUUCGAGUAUUGCAUUAUUUGGAUUUUGGACGACUCAAACAACCUUCAUAGUUCAUAUAUACUACAACUAUAUAUAUAUUACCACUUCUCAUACGACUCCACCGAGCUGAGGUAGAGAUCUCUUCAUUCCAUUCUCAGUGAUUGAACACUAAGUUCGCUUGCUACCUCUACAAGGUCUGGCAAUCAGUUGAAUUCAACUGAUUGCCACUUAGCUUAUGAGUCCCCAGAGUGCUUUGAACCCUAGUAGAGCCCUAGAGGGUGUGCAUGGGGUACAACUUGUUCCUCAUUCACCAUUUGCGACGGAAAAGAUAAAUCAACACGGGGACUUCCAUCAGGCAACUUGUGAAAAUUCAGCUGUUGGAGCUGAUCGGCAUCUAACAGUGCAGAGAGUAUGGCAGCAAAGACCUACAUGUCUGAGGCCCAUCCAAUGUUGUCUGCAUGGUGAUAAGAAUAUUGCAGAAACAGUUGCUAAUGUGCUUACUUCACUUCCUUUUAUUGCUCUCGGAGUCCAGGCCCCAAGGAAGAAUCUGAACUGUAAGAUCUAUGCUAAUUCAUUAAUUGGAGUAGGAAUUGCCUCCAGUUUGUAUCAUUCUUCUAGAGGAAACCUGAGGAAAUAUUUGAGAUGGGCUGACUAUACAGCAAUAGCUACAGCAACAGUGUGUCUCUCAAGGGCACUCAGGGAUGAGAAUCCAAAAUUGCUAAUGGCAGCGUCUGCUUUGUUUCUACCUGUCCAGCCUCUGAUGGUUUCAGCUGUUCACACUGGGAUAAUGGAGGUAGCCUUCGCAAAAAGAGCAUUACAAGAUCCAGAACUGAGGAUAGCCCACAAUGUGCACAAGAUUUCAUCACUAUUAGGGGGUAUACUUUUCAUUGCCGAUGAUAUGUACCCCCAAACUCCAUUCCUUCAUGCUGGUUGGCAUCUUGCCGCAGCAGUUGGUGUUGGUACCUGUAACAAGCUUCUCGAGUAGUUUAGCAUUCCAGAUUUAUUCUUUAAAUACAAAUACAACCAAAGAUCCUCCAGCCCAGAAGACCAACAUGGGAGUAAUUAUCAUCCUUCUUUUCCUGUAACCGGACCAAGUGUAAAGAAGAAAAGGAGGGAUGUCAUCUUGGAUCUGCUUCUGCCACUUCAAUGGUUGAACCCAUAUUGGGUUUCUCCCUUUUUUUUCUUUUUUUCUUUUUUUCUUUUUUUUCCUUUUAUUCUUCAGUCUCUUCUACUUCAAAUGGGGUGAUGUUUAUAAGUUUGUCACAGUUGUUGGUAGUGGUGGUGGUGCAAUUUGGUGGAGGAGAUGGAAUAUGUGCUAUAAAUUAGUGACAACGUUUGUUGUCUUGGAUUCUGUAUGAACAAAUUAUUAGCCACUUUGUACAACACCCAGUGGUGAUAAACUUGAAUUAAAAACAUAUCAUCCAACAA